AUGGCGGCGACCGAAGUCGAGAGGAAGAGCAGGAAGAAGUCCUCGCACUCUUCGUCCAAGACUGCGAAGCCGCGCUCCUCUUCUAGGAAACCACGCGUUUCGGCUUCAGUGGCAGACAUGUACUUGCAAGAUUACGCGCCUCCGGUCCAGGCGACCUCUCCUCAGCGUGCAGCAGCAACGAGGCCUCCCCCGACCCUCUAUGGCUAUGCCGCGAGUCCGCCUCAGCACUCCAUUUAUCGCCAGAUGCCUGGGUCCUUUCCAGAAGACAGUUACCGAUAUGGCUCUCCGCCACCGCAGCCUGUUCAGCCAUACGCUAGUCAAUCAACGAUCCGCUUUGCUUCUCCGCCACCCCAAGAACCCCGCGGUCAAGGCCCUUUCGAACAACAAUGGAAUAGUCUCGACCGAAUGGCCGCCAAAUCCUACCUGAAUCUUCGCGAUACGGCUGGAAAGAGUGUCACGAAACUGACGACCAACUGCAUUGAGCGGCCCACCGCAGCUGUCGCUACAAAGAGCAUGCAAACGUUGUGUCGCGGAGCUGCGCUAUACGAUAUGAUUAGUUCGAAGUUCGACGCAGUCAUCACCAGCAUUGAUGACGAUCACUUCAGCGGCAAAGAACAAGACCUCAUGAUGGAGUUCAGCGAGCAGCAGCAAGAAGAGGCUCAGAGAACGAGCCCUCCUCUUGGUGAACCAAGACGCCGACGCCAACACGAAGUGCAAUCCCACUCUAGUAGCGAUAAAGGGUCGAAUCAUUUCUCCAAAGUGUGGCUAUACUCCAACUCCCGAUUACCACCACAUCUGCCGCCUUUCAAGGUAUAUCUACCAACGUAUCCUCUACUUUGCUUGGCCGCAACCUACUCGGAGAAGGCGUACACGCCGCCAGGCACGAAGAAGAAUCCUGAAAUGGAGACUUUCAUUCCUGCUGAUUGGCGUAGCGGCACAAAAGCCAUGGUACUCAAGUCCAUCCCUGUGGAAGAACUGAAUACUAUCGUCUUCGCUAUUCGCGGAAGCCAGACCUUUAUGGACUGGGCUGUCAACUACAACUCGGCACCCCACAGCCCGGAGAAGUUUCUUGACGACCCGUCAAACCUGUGCCACGCUGGCUUUCUCUACGUGGCCAAGAAGAUGAUCAAGCCCGUGGCAGAACGGUUGAAGGUCUUGCUCCAAGAAAACCCCGCGCGUUCAAACUGCAGUCUACUCAUCACCGGACACUCCGCGGGCGGAGCAGUCGCGGCACUGCUUUACGGACACAUGAUGAGCACAAAGAUCGAUUCUGAGCUUAAUUACCUGACCAGCUUCUUCAAGCGCGUACACUGUGUCACGUUCGGUGCGCCACCAGUCAGUCUGCAUCCUUUGAAGAAGCCUGAUGACAAGCGACAUCGUAAAAGUCUCUUCUAUGCCUUCAUCAACGAAGGCGACCCGAUACCGCGAGCGGACAAGAGCGCCCUCCAAAUCUUCACUACAAACGAACACUACAAACUCGACUUCUUCUUCCUUGCCUGCAUGGCCAAUACCGCAGUGUACAUUGUCACCUGCGGGGCGAUUGGUAGUGUUGAGACAACGAGUCGGAAGCAGAAGUGA